CCAGAGCGCAGGCUUUGUUUGGAUGUAAUCACACAGAAGAUAUUUCCGCGUCGAUGUUUUGCUGGUUUUAACCCUUUAAAAAAAAAAAACUGUGGGACGGAAUUGUGCCACAUUGGAGUUUCCCGAUGCGCUUUGAGGGACGAUACACACAUACGAGCCUCAAUCUUCAAUGCUUGUCCUUGCAUGGCAUGAGCGAAGUAUAAACAACCGGCGUGUGUGGUGUGUGCAUGUUUAGAAACUGUUUAAUCAACCCGGAGUUGGUGUAUGUGUGUGUGUGGAGAACAAAUGGCCAUAAGGCGUCCACCUCAGAGCGCGCACAAAUUCCUGUGAUGUAGAUGUGUCACACUUUGCCAAGCUUUUUGUAUGGCUAAACCCGGAGCUUUCCUAAUUACUGGACAAAAUUUAAGGAGUUAGAAGUUGUUGUGUCUUGAACGACUUUUGCCAUCACUGUAUCAAUGAUGACUGAGAACAACGAGAUGGAAAGCGAGUCUCAGCUCCAGCGCUCCCCAAGCACCAUGUCCAUCCAACCCAUGUCAUCCAAGCUCCAGAGACUAAAGCGCUCGCUGUCCUUCAAGACCAUGAUGCGCAGCAAAAGCGUGGAGAACUUCUUCCAAAGGUCCUACAGCGACGCUCGCCUGCCUCCAGACUUCAUCACCGACCCGCCACCUCCUUCCCCCCCUCUGCUGCCCGGCUCUCCGCUCGUUGGCGACCGCUCGCAGUCCAAUUCACCAUCUCUAAGCCCCAACCCCUCCAUCUCCUCCCACUCCCCAUCUCUCAGCCUCUCCCCAUCGCUGCCCGCCAAGCCACCCCGACCGCAGAUCACACACUGCUUCCAGGAUCAUGUCUUUCGCAAGCCCACCAACUGUCAGCACUGCAAGCACAUGAUAGUGGGAAACUCCAAACAGGCGCUGCGGUGUAAAACAUGCAAGAUGGCUGCUCACCUGUGGUGCACCUCAGAACUAUCGCAGCAGCUGUGUCACGGGAAGUCUGGAGCAUUCAAGCGAAACUUCAGCUCGCCAAUGCUCGUCAACGACCAGUUGUCUGUCGUCAAGGAAGUUCAGCCAAGCCAAGAAGCUGCGCGGAUGCGUGUAGACCCCGUGUAUGCCGCCUUGCGCUAUGGGACAUCCUUGGCGCAGAUGAGCCGCUCCAGUUUUGGCAGUUUAUCAGAGUCACCAACACGCAGCCUGGGGGAGGGAGGUGAGGAGAUGCAGCAGAGACAGUGCAGCAUGGAGGAAGAGAUAACACAGGAGACAGGGGACACUCCUGUCCCUGACAACGAGAUUGAAAAGGAGGAAGAGGAGAGCAAUGGCCAAGCUCUGACAGAAGCUGCAGAAGCUCCUGCAGAAGCUCAGACCCCUGCAGAGGAGAGCAGUGCGAUGGUGCCCAAGCGCAUUGAAGUUCACUCCAUCCACACCUAUGUAGCGCUCUACAAGUUUCUGCCUCAGGAACAAAAUGACCUGGAACUUCAUCCCGGCGAUCGUGUGCAGGUCACCGACGACUCUAACGAAGAGUGGUGGAAGGGCAAGAGUGGAGACAAAGUUGGCUUCUUUCCUGCCAACUUUGUGCAGAGGGUCCGGCCAGGAGAGCGAGUGUGGCGGGUCGUCCAAGGUUUUCCUGGUAACCGAGAGAGAGGACACAUGGCCGUGAAGGAAUCUCAGAUCUGUGUGGGGAAGCGGGAAGACGGCGAGGUGUUCCUGAAGCUGAGCAGCGGGAAGAAGAGAGGGCUGGUCCCAGCUGACUCCAUAGAGGAGAUCUGAGCUUCUGUGUUCACAUAGCCAUCCCUCCACCUCUACUUCCCCCGGGAGGCACCCAUCCUCAGACUACCACCAUCACCCCUCCUCCCCCACCCUGCCCUCGGCAAAACGACAGCCGCAGCCUCUCCAACCAAUCCUGACUAAACCAAACACAGAUAAGCUGGAGGAAAAACACACUUCUGCACAGAGCUGGAAGCACAGCCCCCCAUGAACACACUGCUUCCAGCUGAAUUGAUUUACUGUCUUUAAUAGAGUGUAUGCAGUAGUCCUGCUUUUAGAGAGGACCUGUUUCUCAGCAGUCUAGUGUUUCUUUCCAGUACAAAAAUCAAUGUUUAAUUAUGACAACGGAUUCACAAAUGCUUUAAAUAUGCUCGCCAGAUGUUGCUUCUCAUUUUGUUUA